UGGACGCUGGAGGACUAUCAGCUGCUGAAACAACUGCAUCGAGGUUACGCCUCGGAUGUUUACCAAGCCCGUUGCAAGAUCAGCAGCGAGAUGGUCGCCCUGAAGGUGUACAAGCUGUCCGAGCAAGGGGACAUUCAGCGCAUGCAGCUGUACAGGGAGAUCAAGCUGCAUGCGCGACUGAGACACUCCAACAUUGUGCAGUACUACGCGUGCUUUCUGGAGCAGCAACGUGUCAUUCUGGUGACGGAGUACGCCACCGGGGGCGACCUGCUCCGGAUUAUGUACAAGUGCGGCGGGCGGCUGUUCGAGCGGCAGGCCGUGAACCUGGUGCUGCAGCCCUUCCUUACCGCGCUGCACUACCUGCACACACUGGGGAUUGUGCACCGCGACAUCAAGCCCGAGAACGUGCUGUUCGCGGAGGGCAAGAUCCUCAAACUCGCGGACUUCGGUCUGGCCAUCAGCCUGCGGGAGGAGAGGGCAAACACGCGAGCGGUUCUCCGCUGCCCGACCAAGAAGACCCCUGACGAGAACAAGGGCAACCCGGAGUCCGCCCACUACCACCAGGCGGUGGAUGCCUGGGCCGUGGGGGUGUUUGCGUACGAACUGAUUGUCGGAGCACCCCCCUUCAAGGCCGCUCAGAUGAUCGACACGGCUCGCAACAUCAUGCACGCCCCUGUCAGCUUCCCCGAGACCGUGUCCGACCUGGCCAAGGACUUCAUCAUGAGGGCACUGCACAAGGACGCCACCUCCCGUCUCACCGUGUUGGAGAUGUUGCACCACCCCUGGAUCACCAUG